UCAACGUUAUGAUCUAUAACAACUGAUCAGAGUGUGUUUAAGGUUCUGUGUGGUUACUGUUCAACCCAUCAGUGGAGAAAAGGAAUUAUACACAAGAGGUAAACAUAAGAAAAUAAGACAGGUUUUAUUUUACGGACUACUGGACAGAUGCCUCGGAACAUUCAGCUUGAAGUUUUAGUACAGAGACAAAGUUUUAACAGCAGUGAGCCAUUUCCUCUGAUAACACCUCCCUCAUGAAAAUGAGCCGUCCUUUAGCAGCGAUCACAACCACAGCAGGCACAAGGCAGGAUUUUUCAGAUUUUGUGCAGCUUGCAAUUGUGUGUCACAGACUUUUAAUUCACAUUUGUCAUAUUUGUGUGACUCAUUAAGAUAUUCUCCUCCUGAAGGUGAAACACGUGUGCUUAAGGCCAGCCGCAGUCACAAACUCUGAGUCUGUUCACAAAAGGUUUCACAGAAAUUCCAGUCACGUGACUUGGGGUUUUCAGUGUCAUCACCAUGACAAUUCACUGAUUUUUUUUUUUUAUUAUUUUCAUUAGAUUAUUUCAUCAUUCACAGCUCGUCUCCCUGAGGAUUCUGGGUAACAAACUGAUCUCUGGGUUCAGUCCAUGUGGAAGAGUCCUGACUGUACUCGGAUACUUUUACCUGUAACUGAGUACUAGUACCAUGGUGUUGUUUUACUGCAGGCAGAGGUUCUGCCUCCUCUGUUGCUGAGUGUGUCCUGUCCCAGCAGGGGGGGCCCUCACUGCCUUAUCAUACAGAGCGUUUUCUUUCCUGAAUGUGGGCUGGAAGGCUGCUUCAGGUGACCUGAUCAGCACUGUUCAAUAAAUUGAAGAUUACUGGUUUAUUGAGACAUUUAUAGAUCAAAAAUCAAUAUUUCCCUCAUUUUGGAAUAUUUUUAAGCAUAUUUAUAGGUUUCAGUGGUGAGCACUGAACUGGUUCACUGAUAACAUUCAAUCCAUAUUAAUGUAAAUAUCUAUCCAUUCUCCUCUGCUUAUCAACUUGGUAGGAUCGCGGGUGAGGGGUUAGUUGGCAGUGUGUUGCAAAUCCAACACAGAGACAGACAACCAUUGGCAUUCAACAGAACUUAUUCCAGCUAAUUUUAGACUUGAGUGUCAAGAACAAAAACACAUUUUCCUUUGAUAAACAGGUUAAUUAUGUUUUUACAUUGUGUCAUAGUUAGGGCUUACAGAUACUAACAGAAGCUAAUGGAGGUUAGUAGCAGCUAAUAAAGGCUAAUAGCAGAUAACAGUAGCUAAAAUUAACUAAGGGGUAACUAACAUACUCCAGCAGCGGAACAAACAGCAGUGUUAUGGCAGAAAAGUUCAGCAUAUCCUCAGCAGCUCACCUCAGUAUAGUUUUUAUCAGUGGGAACUGAGCUUAACUGAGUCAUCGACUCAUGUCUGAGUCCUUUCAUGAAGUUUUGCAGCCUCCUGCAGAGUAAACAGAUGCACACUGCCAGCCUUUACAAGAGGGAAAACUGACCCGGAUCUGGACCUGCAACUUUGCAGAUGAACAGUAGCCCACAUUUUUGAGGUGAACCCAAAAUAUCUAAUUGACACAUUUCCGGUUUUUAUUUCUGAUUUAUUGCUAAGUAUUGAUAUUAUUCAAAUGUGUUAAUAAUGUAUUUUUUAAACAGUAGUAUAAAUAUGCCAGUUGUUAUGAGGUAAAAUCUAGAUUUGGUGUUUUUGAUCUCUCCUACAGCAGCCACCGCAGCUAGGAUUAUGCUCUUGAUUUGGGAGGGGUAAGAAAACAAAACUCAUCUGAUUCCAGCUACUGACAUCUGUUAGUGAAAAAUUUACACACUGUAACUUCAAUAAAAAAAAUAUUCAUAAUAAAAUGUUUCUAGUUAUUUUUGUUUUUUGUUUCUCUGUAUUACCAUUAUCAUAACUAUUUCAUUAGUUCAUAUUAUUCUGUGCUAGAAUCUUCUAACCCUGGUUAACAGGCUAAUCGCUGCAGAUUUAUUGGCGUGAAGGGGGCGUGGUCAAGCAGGCAGACUGUCCUGUCAGUCCACACUCAGGGCACACUCCGCCCUCUACUGCAGUCCGCUGCUUUAAAGCUGAUCCAGAGUCAGCCGCAGGUUAGUCUCCGCUGGAAGCUCCCGAACAGGAGUUCAGUUAUUCAGACACAGAGUCUAGGCAGGAGCCGGUGAAGCGCCCGGAGCUCUCAGCGCGGACUGUGCCAUGUUUCUAUGACCUCGGGAUUUUUGAAGCCGCACCUGCAGCUGAUGCUCCACCGUGAAGCAGCAUGAACGGAUACGAACCUCCAGCUCUCGCCUCGGGCGUCUUCGGCUCCUACAGCUCGCCCAUCAACGGCCACGAUGCUCCAUCUCCAGAGCCUCCGACGCACAAAGCCAAGACCAGUGCCAAAGCUCUUUACGAACAAAGGAAACAUUACACCAAAACCAGCAUCAACAGCCUGACAGACACGUCGCAGUAUCAUGUGGAGCACCUGACCACGUUUGUGCUGGACCGCAAAGACGGGAUGAUCACAGUGGAUGACGGCAUCAGACGCCUCCGUCUACUCGAUGCUAAAGGGAAGGUGUGGACCCAGGAGAUGCUGCUGCAGGUGGAGGAGAAGACGGUGAGCCUCAUCGACUUAGGAACGAAGAACGAGCUGGAGAACUUCCAGAUCGGCUCCAUCCAGCACUGCCAGGCCGUGAUGAACGCCUGCAGCUACGACUCCAUCCUGGCUCUGAUCUGCAAAGAGCCAGGUCAGACCAAACCCGACCUCCACCUGUUCCAGUGUGAUGAAAUCAAGGCGAAUCUGAUCCAAGCUGACAUAGAAAGUGCCAUGAUGGAUGCCAAAGGAAGCAAAGUGAAGAAACGGCCGGAGACCCUGAAGAUGAUUCUGAAGAGUGACGGCAUUAUCCCCCCUCCCCCUUCCGCUCCUGCCCCCCAGCCACCACCGUCACCUGAUCUGGUGGACGUAAAGAGUCGUGCAGCAGCCUGGUCGGCAUGGACCAAUGAGCAGUAUGAGGCAGACGAUAGGCGGCUGUCGCAGGACAAUGGGCCGGUGGAGAUGACAGCAGCUCGCGUAGACCGCGAUGUGCAAAUCCUGAACCACAUCUUGGACGACAUCGAGUUUUUCGUCACCAAACUUCAGAAGGCUGCCGAGGCCUUCAGCGAGCUCUCCAAGAGGAAAAAGAACAAGAAGGGCAAGAAGAAAAGUCCUGGAGAGGGCGUCCUGACGCUGCGCUCCAAACCUCCGAGCGAAGACGAGUUUGUCGACUGUCUGCAGAAGUUCAAGCAUGCCUUCAACCAGCUGGGGAAGCUGAAGGACCACAUCCAGAACCCGAGCGCCGUGGAGUUGGUCCACUUCCUGUUCACGCCACUAAAGAUGGUGAUCCAGGCUUCGGGCAGCGUGGAUCUGGCCCGUAGCGUUGUCGUUCCUCUGCUGACCAGAGACGCCAUCGACUUCCUUCACGCCUCGGGGACGGCGGAGGAGAGACACUUGUGGGUUGCCCUGGGAGACGGAUGGACAAAGAGCAGGCUGGAGUGGCCAAAGGACCACUAUUUCCCCCCGUGUGUUCUGAAGUUUCGUGAUGGUUGGGAGCCACCUGCGUUGCCGGCGAUGACCCAGAGUCGUGAGCAGGAGCUCGCUCAGCUUGCCGAAAGCCUCGCCAAUGCCAACCUGCAGAGACCGGAGGACCCGAGGCCGUGGGUGACUCAGGAGGUGGCGCUGCAGAGGUUCCCACCUGCUGACGGGUAUGCCUUCACCAACACCUCCUACAAACGCAUGCAGAUCCUGGAUCAGGACACAGCCGUGGCUGCUUUCAAACACGCCGCCAGCCGCCAUGUAGACCGAGGCUUCGACGCCGACGGCAGAGGGCAGCCCAAAAUGUUUGCCAAAUCGAAGUACGACUUUGUGGCGAGGAACAACACAGAGCUGUCGGUGCUUAAAGACGAGGUGGUCGAGGUGCUGGACGACAGGAAGCAGUGGUGGAAGGUUCGUAACGGCUGUUGGGCGACGGGCUACGUGCCAAACAACAUCCUGGAGAUCACCAAAGCAGUGGACAUGACCAGCCGAGGAGAGCCCAUCUACAGCCACACCGUCCAGAAACAGACCACAAGGACAGAGUUUGUCCCCAGCAAACCCGUUGCCACGCCGAUGCCCCCAGCCCCCGCACCGGUUCCUCCUGCUCCCGCCCCCGCCAGGGUCCCCACGCCACCACUGCCUCCUCCGGCCGCAGAGCCUGCAAAGCCGGGGGGCAGCAGCAGCGCAGUCAGCCGACAGAACAGCAACGCGUCCAGCGACAUGGGCAGCGUCGCCAUGAGGGAGCAAAACAGCCACAAACCUGCUGUUGCCGCCGCCAGCCGCAGGAAGUCGAACAUGGAGGAGGUCCAGGACGAGCUGAUGCACAGGCUGACGCUCGGUCGCAGCGCCCAGAAGAAAUUUCAGGGUCCCGCCCGCAGUGGCAACACGCCGUCGGUCAGCAUCACGUACGACUCGACGCCAGAAGAGGUCAAAGCGUGGUUGGAGGCCAAAGGCUUCAGCCCCGUCACCAUCACCAGCCUCGGCGUGCUAACUGGCGCUCAGCUCUUCUCGCUCAACAAGGAGGAACUGAGGACGGUUUGUCCUGAUGACGGCGCCCGAGUCUUCAGUCAGGUCACCGUGCAGAAGGCGGCGCUCGAGAAGAGUGCAGGCUCCGAGCUGCAGGAGAUCAUGAGGAGGCGGCAGGAGAAACUGGCAGCCAGCACCUGUGAUUCAGGGGUGGAGUCUUUCGAUGAAGGCGGCCCCCACUGAGCUCCACCCAGCUCCUCCCCUUCCUUCCUCCCUCCCUCUUCCCUCCCUCUGCUGUACCUUUUUUUUUUUUUUUUUUUUUUUUCAAACCGCAGCCUGCUGCUCUCUCAAUCCUCAGGCGGCGGCCGACCGCGCGGAGUUCGUGGAGAUCAUGCGGCGUAGACAGGAACUCCUCAGCUCGUCUCCAUAGAAACAGAAACCGAUCGCCCACCGGACCGCCCACACACAAUAUUCUGCCAUGUUUGCCUGGAGUUCACAUGAACACUUUGUGGACUUGUUUAGUUGGUGAAAAGCUGUUCGCUCACCGUUUCCAAAGCAAAGCCUCGCAGUAUUAACGUCAGUGCUGCGCCCGGUCCUCUCCGCUUUAUCACUGCGGUCAGGUCACACAUAGGAGCGUUUCAUGAUGUAAUGAUGUAAACACACUGCACUCUAAGAAGACUUGGGGAGAUGAGACAUUCAGGACUUAUGUCUUUUGAGUUCAGAUUGUGGAAAAGGCUAAAAGCAAACAGGAAGUGCUGAUCCUGUGUUUUUAUUUCCAAAGAGGGAUUGAUCCUGCACACGUGGAUUAUUCCCUCUGUGCCUGGGCACAGUGAGAUCACGGAGAGGUUAAAACUGAGCCUGGUACUUUAGACAUGCCUGACUGGUUGUUACAAAAAUGAAAAUCACUAAAUGAACAUUAUUCUAUCAUCUACGCUAACAGACUGAUAAAUAUACAUUUAAGAGUUUUUGAGAGAAUUAUUUGAUGGGAUUUCAUUUUCUCAGAUUAUAUUAAAACUAUUUGAUAACCAAACAGAAGCAAAAUGAAAUGCACAUAACUUUAUAAAAAUAACUUAUGAAGAACAUCUGUCACAGAGUGAGUGAUCAGAUUUCUUACAAAAAAUGAUAUUUGGUAAUCAGCAUUUUUGCACAUGAAUAAAAAUGCUGAUGUUUUUCAGGCAGAGGUAACAACCAAUGAAACAAGCCGAAGCAGCUGAGGUUGUUUGUAAUUGCUCAGAUCUGAAAGUCUUUCUUUGACUUUGUUCUGAGGGUAAAAACACAAAAUGAAUGUAGUUGAACUCAUCAUGCCCCGUCCAAAGCAACAGGUAGCCAUCAUGUUUCUGUCUCAUUGGUCGUCUUACCUGUUCGAGCUGCAGGUGAUGUGAUGCCAGCGAGUGCUGACUAUAUUCAGCUCGAGUAACAAAAGCUUAGACUUGGUGUCCUCCCAGGAGGAGGCUGAUAGUAAUGGCAGCAGCAGUGACAUAAAGCUAGUAAGACGAACAAUCUGAAAACUGAAGCGGCGAAUUCUCAAACUUUUGAUCGAAUCACUGCAGACUUUAAUGUUUAUUCUUUGAACAUCCACCAUGAUGACCAUUUAAAAAUGUAUCGGUACAUGAAGUAACAUCAGACUCAACGUGAAGGAGCUAAACUUAGGAUGACGUGAAGGGUGAGAAGCCCCUGCAGAAAAGUGUUUUAACAGAAAUCUAAUGGGGGAAAAAAAAUCUGCAAAUUGAACUCUGUAUAUUCUAUCGAAAACCUGAUGGAAAAGAAACAUUUUACCCCUGAAAAAUCUGCAUUUUUGUUCUUCAGCUCCACAGAGCUGCAUUCUGUCUGGAUGAGCUCGAGAGCGCCCCCUGUGGCACAGGUAGUUCACAGGUUUAAGUUCACAUUUUAAAGGUUACACGCACACAUUCACAUGGACUUGAUUUCGAACUGGAUCACAAUAAUGUCUCAUACAAUGGAGUCCGGAUCUUUCACAUUAAGGGUUAUAAAGGGUGUAAUCUGUUUUCUUAACAGGCUUUUAAUGUGAAAAAUCUGCCCUUUUUGAUCACUCUGAAAAUCACCCAACCCAAUCAGUGAGGUGACCAGUGUGACUGAAGCGAUGAUGUGGUCUAACAGUCACGGUCUGAUGGUUUCCGCUGUGACUGGAUUGGUUCGUGCUGGUCACGAGCACGCUCAAAGUUAUUUGAACACUGGCUAUUGUUUGAGAAUUUACCGCCAAAAAUCAGCAACAGAAGCUGUUCAGAUCAGUGAGCAAAAAAUAAAGUAAAAACAUGCAGACUGUUUCUGUUUGUACAAGCAGCCUGAAAACACUGUAAAUGAAAGAUGUAAACACUCAUAGAAAAGGAAAUGUACAGAAUUGAGCCUGUACUCACUGUGGCAUUGAUUGUAUUGAUUUUGUUUCCACUUAUGCACUUAAUCUUCUGAAGGAAAGUUUUGUCUUUGUCUGAACUGUAGCACCGCACUGUAAUAAGAAUAAUGAUUAAAGCAGAGUAGUUUACAGUUUAUGAAGAAUUGCUUGUUGCUAAUGAGAGAACAGUAAAAGUUUAUGUAAUGUAGUUUUACCCAAACAGAUGUAUAGAGGCCAAUCAGGAGGAAAGGUUAGAGUUCAUUUGUACGUGUAUAGUUUUUUUUCGUGCCUUUUCCAUGUAAAUCUGCUCAUUCUGCAAUAAAAUAUUUACCAAAAGCA